GCUCGGCCCCGCCGAGCCGCCGCCCGGCCGCUGCACACCCGCUGGACGGAGAGGGGGAGGGAGGCCCGCGCCCGGCCGCCCCCCGCCGCCAGUGCUUCACGGCCACAGCAGGGUACUAAGCAAUAUUAGAGGAAACCGAAGCUAAAGUCAUAUGAUUUCCACGCAGCUGGUUGCAAAAGCAGUUGUCACUGCCUUCCUGUUGCAGCAUGGCAUUUGGACUUGAUAUUCUCUGCCUGUUACUGUGGGCAAUAACAGGUUUCUAUUGUGAGCAGUGCAGAGAAGGAGCCACGUACUCGGGUGCAGUGAUAUCUCCCAACUUAGAAACCACUAAAAUCAUGCGAGUUCCCCAUGCUAUGUCCGUGUCUGACUGCAUGGCAGCCUGUUGUGACCUUUCUGCUUGUGACUUGUCCUGGAUGUUUGAACGGCGCUGUUACGUCGUGAACUGUCAAUACAAAGAGAACUGUGAACCUAAAAAAAUUGAAACGGCUAAGUCCUAUCUUACUUUUGUGCUGAGGCCUUCUCAGAGGGCAGCCUCGCUGCUGGGCUAUGGACAGGUGAUCCCAAGCAUGGCCCACUCUGUGGGACUCCAGAAUGAGCCCUCUGAGGAAGUGAGCAGCCUGAAGGAGCUGUCGCUGCUUGGCAAAGAUCCCAGCCUUGAGGAGAUACCAGAGUACAUAGAUGAUUAUAAGGAAUUGGAGCAGGACCCCUUUCAGAUGAGCAUCAAACAUGAGCAGAAGGAGAGCACAGAUUAUGCUGACUGGAGGCUGAUGGUGACAGGCGAAAAUGGCUUCAACUCUUCAGUGAGUGAUGAUGGAGAUAACCAGGAAGACUUGGCUGAAAAGGAGGGGGAAGCUGCAAUGGCAGAAAAUGUCGUGAAUAAAAACAGUUCUGAACUGAGCCCUGUCACUGAACGCUCCCCAGAGAGGUGGUUGUCUCUCCCAGAGAUCACGCCGUUCCCAGUGAAGACAUCGGAAAGCGAAACAGCUGUUCAGCUGCUUGUGCAACCUGAUGAUGCUUUGCAAAAAGAGGUUCCUAUGCCUUCCCCUCCUUCAGACAACUUGAGAUUCUCCUCAGCUGUGGGGGAGAAAAUCCAGGCUCCCACAAUGACCCCAGGGAAUCUCACUGAAGGUGGGACCGCACUACUUCCCACUAGUAUUUUGCUAUCUGCGCCUGUACAGCAAUUCACGCCUUCCGCUACUGUGGCUAAAGCAGAUGCAGUAAAAGAACUUAUUGUGUCUGCUGGAGAUAACGUACAAGUAAUGCUCCCCAAAAAUGAGGUUGAAUUGAAUGCCUUUGUUGUCCCACGACCACCUACAGAAACAGCCUACAGCUAUGAGUGGAGCUUAGUCAGUCACCCUGCUGACUACGGUGGUGAAAUGGAGCGCAGGCACACCCAGACCCUGAAGCUCUCCCAUUUAUCAGUAGGACUUUAUGCCUUCAAAGUGACGGUUUCUGGUGAAAAUGCCUUUGGAGAAGGUUUUGUAAAUGUCACAGUCAAGCCAGCACUCAGAGUUAACCAGCCACCUGUUGCCAUUGCUUCACCCAAAGUACAAGAAGUUUCUUUGCCUACAACUUCUACUUUCAUUGAUGGCAGUCAAAGUGUAGAUGAUAUGAAGAUAGUGAGUUACCACUGGGAGGAAAUUAAAGGUCCUUUGCGAGAACAGAAGGCGUCUGCUGACACACCUGUCUUGCACUUGUCUAACCUGGUUCCUGGAAACUACACUUUCAGGCUCACAGUGAUCGAUUCAGAUGGAGCGACCAACUCCACCAUUGCCUCUCUGACAGUCAACAAACCAGUGGAUUAUCCACCUAUUGCCAAUGCAGGACCAAAUCAGGCAGUCACGUUGCCCCAAAACUUCAUCACACUGAAUGGAAACCAGAGCAGUGAUGAUCAUGAAAUUGUCAGCUAUGAAUGGUCACUCAGUCCUAAAAGCAAAGGCAAAGUUGUAGCAAUGCAGGGAGUGCGGACUCCAUACCUCCAGUUAUCUGCAAUGCAGGAGGGAGAUUAUACAUUUCAGCUGACUGUCACAGACUCGGUGAGGCAGCGGUCCACAGCAGAGGUCACGCUGAUAGUGCAGCCCGAAAAUAACAGUCCUCCAAUAGCAGUGGCUGGUCCUGAUAAGGAAUUGACUUUUCCAGUAGAAAGUACUACCCUGGAUGGAAGCAAAAGCCAAGAUGACCAAGGCAUUGUCUUCUAUCAUUGGGAAAAGAUCAGUGGGCCAAGCUCUGUACAGAUGGAAAAUGGUGACAAAGCAAUAGCAACCGUGACUGGUCUUAAAGUUGGUACCUAUCGCUUCAGGCUGACAGUUAAAGAUCAACAGGGAUUAAGCAGUGCAUCUGUGCUCUCUAUUACUGUGAAGGAAGAAAACAACAGUCCACCCCGGGCACAUGCUGGUGGGAAGCAUGUUCUGGUGCUUCCCAAUAACUCUGUUACCUUGGAUGGCUCAAGGUCUGCUGAUGACCAGGGGAUUGUGUCAUACUUGUGGAUUCGGGAUGGUCAGAGCCCAGCAGCUGGGGAUGUGAUACAUGGUUCAGACCAUGAGGCAGUACUGCAGCUCACCAAUCUGGUGGAAGGAAUCUAUACUUUUCACUUGAAGGUGACGGAUGCCAAAGGAGAUUCAGAUUUUGACACCGCUACUGUUGAAGUGCGGCCUGAUCCCAAAAGAAGUGGCCUGGUGGAGCUGAUUCUGCAAGUCGGAGUGGGACAGCUGAGUGAACAGCAGAAGGACACCCUGGUGAGACAGCUGGCUGUACUGCUGAAUGUUUUGGAUUCAGAUAUCAAAGUUCAGAAGAUACAAGCCUACUCAGAUAUAAGCACGGCAGUUGUUUUCUACGUGCAGAAUGGGCAUCCUUCCAAGGUGAUCAAGGCAUCCGACGUCUCCCGGACUCUGCAUGUGCAGCUUUUGAAAGAGAAGGCUGACUUUCUGCUUUUUAAAGUUCUGCGGGUUGAUACGGCUGCCUGUCUUUUAAAAUGUUCUGGGCAUGGACACUGUGACCCGAUAACAAAGCGCUGCAUUUGCUACCAGCUGUGGAUGGAAAAUGUGAUUCACCGUUACCUAAAUGAUGGAGAGAGCAAUUGUGAAUGGAGCAUACUCUAUGUGACUGUGUCUGCUUUUAUGUUUGUUGUGGUCACGAUAGGGCUUGCCUGGUUCUGCAUCUGCUGCUGCAAAAGCAGAAAGAGGACAAAGAUAAGAAAGAAAACCAAAUAUACCAUUCUAGAUAACAUAGAUGAGCAGGAGAGAAUGGAGCUACGACCCAAGUAUGGUAUAAAACACAGAAGUACAGAACACAAUUCCAGUCUGAUGGUCUCUGAAUCAGAGUUUGACAGUGAUCAGGACACUAUAUUCAGCAGAGAAAAGAUUGAAAGAGAGAAUCCCAAAACCCUCAUGAAUGGAUCCAUCAGGAAUGGAGUUUCCUUUAACUACAGCUCCAAAGACAGAUAACUGAAUAGGGGUAAAAGCACAGGACACGCUGGUCCAACACAUCCAAAAAAGUUGGUCCACCUUUUUGUUUUUCCAGAAUCAAAAGCUUCCUAAAAUAUCAAGUAAUUGCAGAUGAAAGGGUAAAUUUGUAGCACACUGGAGGGAGGGAAAGAGAGGGUUAGAUGGACAACUAACUCCUGUUGUCACCACCAUAGGGACAAGGAAAAGCACAUUUUAUUUCUUGCAUGUUCGGUACUGAAUGUUUGUCUAAACUACAGAAGGCCUUUUCUCCUGUAUUAAAACAGUGCAUUGCAGCUACAAGAUUAGCCAGGGCUGUUACACUACUAACAACGAUGACUUUGAGAUAUAUAUAUAAAUUGUGUCCUGUGAUCCUGUCCCUUUCUCAAAGGAGCAGUGUGAUUAUGAAGCUGACCUGAAACAGCUAAAGCCAAUAUAUAUAAUUUCCCUUACAUCUAUAGAGAGGAAUAUGUGACUACAGACUCCAUCAUUCAGUUUCAAGGCAGGUGCACAAAAAGGGAGCAUUUUUAGUGCAUUAUAUUUAUCUCUGAGUACGUUUUGUGACUUCCUGUUCUAGGGUAGCGCUCAUCAGAUGGAAAUGUCUUUGUUUUUAAAGGAAGUUUUCAAUUUAGCAGUUGCACUUAGCUGUGAACUAUAUCUGUGUCCUCUAGGAUGCAGUGUUCCCUGCUCUUGCAGAGGAAGUCCAGCCUUAGGUUGCUUCUGUAAUGAUGAAGGUGCUUCUGCUCACUCUGGAGUCUGCCAUGUCCAGUGAGUAACCUGCAGCAGAGAGGCAGGGAGGACUCAGCAUGAUGUGCCUUCUGAAAUGGUUUGAGCAUCCUAAAUAACCGUUUGUUUAGAGAGUACUUUCAAGGCGCUCAGGACCUUGUAAGGCUGAGGGUUACCUGAGAUGAGUUUAAAUGUCAGCCUCAGUGCUAGAGUGCUUUGCUUUGCAAAAAUAACAUGCUUGUGGCAAAGUACCCUGUGCGGAGCAGGAGGUUUGACACCUGCCUCCCCCACCAUAGGAACUGGUAGUGAGGAAGAUUAUAGCUUAAACAUUAGAUUGCUUUUUUACCUCUGUAGUUAUCCAGUAGUUAGAUGUGUUGACCCAGAAGAGAUCCCUUGAGGUGUUUAGGAAGAGUAGGAGUGUUUGAGUCCUGAUGUUGCUGUUCUUGCUCAUGGUCUGGAUAAUUUCUCUAUGGCUGGUUCAUUAGGCUCUAAAGCCGUGUCCCUAGUACUGUUCUUGAAAUCCCACACUGAAGACCUGGGUAUACAUAGGCCUCUCUGUCUAGAGGGGCAUCUGCUUUGGUGGUGCUUUCUGGCCACUACAGCCUUUUCUGGGCAUCCUGACAUGUUACAGGUCUUGGACAGGAGUGGGCUGAGCUGGAAGAAUGAUGUGUUCUGGUGGAGAAAAACAGUCCUUUAGGAGCAUUUCAGACAGGUUCUUUUUGUUUUUUUUGUUUGUUUGUUUUUGUUUUUUUUAAAGGAGAACCCAUUAAUGGAGAAGGUUAGAGCAGUACAGUAUCUGUGCAGAGAUUGUGGGGAGAGAUCAGAAGGGUUGACGGGGAUGGCAUAUCCCACAGCCAUCAUGGGGAGUAGUUUGAUGGAGAAUUUUGGUGCUUUCCCUACCCUUUCACAGAAGGCAGGCACAAAAGUGGUUGGGUUGAACAUUGUGGCUUUUGCGCUUCUCUCUUGUUAAUGGAGUUGGGCAAACGCGUGGAGAAAUAAUGAGGUUGGACAGAUUCGGUAGUCGGAAGCUGCAGCAGUGUGGCAUGCUCGUGGUUUGUAUUCAUCCUGAUUUCACACCUUUGAUUCCCAAAUGCAACCAGCAACUGUCCAUAAGUGUAUUAGUGCCACACUGAGGAGUGUUUAUCUUGUGCCCAGCACUGCAUUUCACUAGGGAGCUGAGUUUGGCUACAGGAAUCAUAGUGGUGGGCAGAGGCUGUGAAGAGCUAAAGGUGGGCUAAAGCAAUUGUUGUCCUUGUUUUCCCAUGCCCCCUAGCUAGAUACAAUGUAGAUGGUAUGAUUUGUUUUACUUAGAAGAAAAAUUUUAACUCUGUAUGUAGAUAUUUUUAGGAUAUUUAUUGAAAGAAAUCUGCUUUAUCUCCCCUUUGAGUAUAUUGGGUUUUUUUACAGCUCAGCCAAUAAAAUAUCAGGUCAACUUUUGAUCACUUUCAAUAUCUGCAGUAGAUGUAUUAGCACAAUAAUGCAAGGUUCACUUUGAAAGCAUUCCUGAAGAAAGUUAAGGCCUACCCAAAAUACUGAUUUUCCCCCCCCCCCCCUUCUUUUUAAAUCAAAAUUUUGGGCUUAAUCUAUUUUGUAUAAAUUCUCAAAAUGUUCUAACAGGAGUUACGCUCUUGGAAAUGUGCAGUCAAAAACAGAAAUUAUAUGAUCCACUACAGCUCUCUAUCAGUCACGCUGCCAUUAAUGCUUCUGCUGAACACUGUAUCCACUGUGCCUUUUGUCUAUAAACUUGUCUUAGUAUGUAUCGGUGCAGUCGGUGCAGUCAGCAGCAUCCUCCGAUUUGUGAAGUCAGUCACUUGCGUGUGUUGGUUUUAUUUCACAUUUUUAAAGCCUGGUGUUGAAGCCUAGGAAAUAGUUUUGAAUUAAACCUCAAACAUCAUUUUUCAAACUAAAGAAUGUGAUUGUCUAGUAAAGAAAAAACUCAAACCUGCUCUCGAUGCUGCAGAAUUCCUGGUGUCAUCUCUGCUCACACACACGUUAUGGGUUCAGAUUUUCCAAUCAGUGGCAAGUUCAUGUGCCGUGAGAAUAUCUGCAUAGUUUGCCUAUGUGUUUCCCACUCUCGCAAGUAAGAAACGUUAGACCAGUUUGUUAUUGCCUAAGGCCUUAGCAAGUGGAAGUUGACUGCUUACUGAGUUUUCUCUCAGAUGACACUUUGACACUUUUAUGGCUAGCAGUAUUUUGGUUAGAAGGUUUUGAAUACUAAAUACUGCCCGAAGUUUUGAGCUGCUUCUGAUUCUGCUGGUUUCCUUUUUCCAUCUACUUAGAAGGAAAAAGAAACCAGGAAGGAAGUAAUCUUAAAAUAGUUGCUCUUACAUAGUAUCAGGCUUGCUAUUAAUAUGAAACUUGCACAGAAGUUGAAAAUAAAUAGUUUCUGGCUCUGUGAAUUUGUGAUAACAGAUGUUAGUGUCACUUGGCCAAGCAUGAUUUUGUCAGCAAUUUAGGACUGAAUAUAGCAAGCCUUGUGUCUUGAAUUAGUGUAACUUCUAUUUCUAGAAAUGUUGCUUUCCUGGAGCAUCUGUCAGGUCGUAUCCAGAAGGAAAGGGCAAGAAUAUUAACUGUUAUGAUACAAACGCAAUGGCAGAAUUAAGAACUGCUUCUGAACUUCUGUUUUAGGUUGUGGUGGGUUUGAAACAGGUUCUCAGUCCUUGCAUUUGCUUGCUUACUAUGUUUUCAUUUGUGUACAGUAAGAGUGCUGGCAGCUUCUUUGUGAAACAGGGAUGGGAAUUUUUUUCAGAAAAGCAGAAGGGACCAGAUGCAGUUCGUGUUGUGUAUGGCUCAGAGUCCAUUGAGAAAGCAGACUAAAUUCAGUUUGGCAUUGGUAAGAUACUGUCUCAUUCACAAGGUGAACAGUGUGCUGAUACUUAGAGUGCUUCAUAUUCUUGAUGUAAGCAGUGAAUUUUUACUUGCAUCUUAGUUUUACUUUUAUAGAUGCUGAUGCACAAGAAAGGAUUGGCCAGCUGUAUAAAAGGCAGCCUUUUGUUUACAUGUUUAAGCAAGGAGUAUAUUUAGGAGAAGCUUUCUUGUCAUUCCUGCCCAAGGCAUUAAAUAGGUUCAGUACUCAACACUGCUCAUACAUGCGAUACAAAAUUGCCCUGCUGCAAAUAGGUCAUCAGCUUGUCUUUUUUAAUUUCUUAAUCAAAACACUGUAGCAGUAGAAUAUGAACUUUACCGAGGCAAGCCUAAGAACGAAAUCCAAAGCCUCUGUCCUCUGGUUCAACUUUUUGUAUCGAGUAGAUUGCUGAGAAAUUCAAGUAAAGUGUGAAUGGUCUAGUUGUAGAGGAUUGCAUAUUUGGGGAGGGGGUAAAAAAAGGUACGCUUGUGUCAUGUAAGAAUACGUUUUCAACUGCCUCCAGUUAGGCGAAAGGAGCAGAGCAGCCUCCUGCUAGGUGCAUCAGGUACAGCUUCUCUUCAAGUAUCUGUUUUGUGCUAUCAGAUGUGUUUGUUUAUUUGAUGCUAAUUUUUCCUUUUCUUCCUUGAUCUGUUGUGGGCAAACAGAAGUGCACACACAUGCAGGGGACUUAACACUGCAUGUAUCUUCUCUAUGCUGAAUUUUAACUUUCCUUAGACAGCUCUGAUAUUCUUGAAGUAAUUGAGUUCUUGGGGCACCAUUCAGACAAAUUUCCUAUUGCCUGGUUCAUAGCCUAAAGUGGAACUAGUUUUGCCCCUCGAUAUAAUGGGCUGUAGCUACCUGAGCUUUGGGGGUGAUAGUGAUAAAAUGUCGACUGUUUUAAAAUUCUGAGCCAUUUAUAUGAGAUUUGAGGGAGGUAAACAUUUAUUUUGAAGGGAAGUGGGCUAGAUGGGGGAUUGGAGUUUCUUAAUAUCAGGUACUGCUUAUCAUUUAUCCCUAACCAGAAUACUAGUCCCAUAGCUCUGCAGCAAAGGAGAACCCCUUUAACGUGCCUUUUAGGUCCUGAACUCCUUAUGGCAGGGGAGCAAACCUUAAAGGUUAGAAAUGGAGGGGGGGGGGGAGGAAAAAAGCAUUUUCUGUUUUGCACAAGCAACAAAUCAAGUGCAGAUGAGCCACACAUCAGUAGUUUGCCUCUGUAUGGAAGCACUUCUCCCUGUGGGUGGAUGGGUGAGCUAUUGCAGAAUUUAUAAAGGAAUCUGUUUCUAGAAAAUGUUAUUUAUUGCAAAUGAUAAUGUAUUGUAACUAGAACCAUUUCUGAGCUGAAACUAUUACAUUUAUGUAACCCUUCUAAUAAAGUUUUGUCUUUCCUUCUAGAA